UUCAAACGCCUCACUUCACUCAGCUCAAGUCAGAUGUCCACUAAGCAUGGCUUCUUUCGAAAAGUUCCCUCACCUACCCGUCGAGCUCCGGCAAGCCAUCUGGAGAUUCAGUCUGCCUGACAAAGACGAACCGGAAGUCUGUGUAGUCACAUACCUCUCACGAGAUACAGUCUACACUGCCUUUUCUGUCCUCAUGCAUGUUUGCCAGGACUCCCGCCAUUUUGUCCAAAACUCGAAAGCAAGCGGUAUCGAGUUUCGCUUCUCUGACGAAGCUAAAUUUUGACGUUCCAGUCAGAAAAUUCCGCCCUG